UUUUAAUCUAGACUUCAGUUGCCACUGGACCGAAUGAUGCUUGCUUAAAACCGUUGAAAGCUUGUUGUACUGACUCUUCGGUUGCCUAGGCAAAGUUCCCCCUCCUCCCUGCAGCACAUGCAAUCAGGAGCGGAGGGUGAAAAGCAAGACAGACUUCGGGAGCUCUCAAACAUUUUUACCUCAAGGCAGAUGUCAUGAAUUACACAGACCCGGUUGUGGAGAAGGCCGUCAACUCCUGGUCCAGAAUCGCCUCGGCUGGACAGACUGUCCUUCUAGAGGCAUUACAGAUCCUCAACCCCAUGUCAAAGGAUCUCUCAGACACCGAGGAACUAGUAACCUUUCUCCAAGGGCUUAAAGAAGAAGGCCACAAGCCCACAGUUCUGCGAAGUAAAGAUGUUUAUGGAUAUAGAUCGUGUACAGCCAAAACACUAUCAGAAGAGAUGUACUGCACAGACAUGGCUAGCAAGGGCUCAAGGACAGGCAAGAAGAGGGGAAGGAAGAAGAAGAAGAAGAAGGAGUCUAACAAGUACGCAUCGUGGACUACUAGUGCAUCAGAAUCUCACAAGGGAUCGGUCUUUCCCAGACCUCCUGUUAUGACCAUUGAUCCUCAAUGUCUGAAACUAACAAACAUUACAGGUUUGACGAGAAGACACACCGCGAAACUACAGAUUCACUCUCAACUUCCAACACUUUCAGGGAUACCGUUGCUGCCUUCGCAGAACACGGGUAGAACACCGAAAGCAGCGGCAAUGGUCGGUCAAAGGUAUCAUCCCUCCUGUCCGGAAUGGAACGGAGCCCUUAUCGGAGACUCCGCCCCGGUGAUGUAUCAAAACGGCCGAGGAGUUUACAACUACGAGAUUGACGUGUCAAACCACAGACGGUCCUGGAGGGACGACCAGUCUCUGUGGGCGAUGAACGAUCAGGAGGAGUGUCGUCUGGAUGAGAACAGCCUGCGGUGGAAGGUGGUCAAAGUGGACGACUGCAUCACGGUGGAGGAACUGAGGAGGAAGGCCCAGAGGAUCCUGCAGGUGAACCUGUCCCCUGUGAUACAGAUACGUCCGCUAUAUGAACCUGUAGCGGAAUACCAGCGUGAUAGCUCCAGUGACUUCUUGGUUUAGCCUAGCUAGCUUAGCAACAAGGCUCGACUGUGGUCUGACUUUUUUACUGUUGACGCCAGAAGGGAACAUCAUGUCGGCAUCGUCUGACCACAGUAAAGUACUUUUUUUUUGUAUUGUGCAGCGACGGGAUGAUGGCAUGAAUCUAACGUGUCAACAGGACUGAAGAAACUGACGUGUCACAGAAGUUACACACGGAGGUGCUUGGAAGACACUCCAUAGACAUUACAGUGCAGAAUGGUGCUCAGUAGCUGUUUAGUUUUUUUUACUAGCUUCUGUUUUGUACCUCGAGGAUGGACUGAUAGAUUUGGUAAACAGUGUCACUGUAGGAUCAUUUUUCUAGCAAGAACAAAAAUGAAAUGUUUACCCUAUUUGGUCUAGCCUACACGACAGUUUGCAGAUUUCGGGUCACCUGAAAUUAAUGUGCAAGACUUAUCUUGAUUUAGCUCUUCCUGUUGUCACGGACUCAUUUGAUUUGCCAUUUUUAUCUACUUUUGUGUAGUCUAGACUGUUUUCAUUGAGUUUCAACUUUGACGGCCUCAAAUGUAUUCUGUGUUUGCUGAAUGUAAGCACUUGAAUCGUAACAAAUCCAUUGCAGGACUAAGUUAAAAUGGCCUUAUUCUUUUUACCUAAAAUAAAUAGUAUUUUUGUA